UACCGCCCUCACCUCAUUUUCGCUGCCCUCUGAAUAAAUUAAACUAAACUAUUAAUCCCCUCGACCCGCCCUUUUCCCUUAUUUUUCUCUCCUCUUUCAUCACCGGCGAAUUUUUCAGUACUCGCCGGCGAAUAAUUCAACUAGGGGGGGUGUAAAAUGCAAAAUCGAGAUUGUUGAGGGGCGGACAGUGAUGUUGCUUGCAAUGCAAGGAUAGGGUUUUGGACGAUCGCGCAAGGCACGGAUUUUGAUGAGGAGAUUUCUUCGACGGAUCUCUUUGAACCAAGUUGCUGAGCUGAAAGUUUGAGGAUUGAACCGGGGUCAUUUAAGGAAGGAAGAGAGAGGAGCACGUGAGGAAAGUUUGAAUCUUACUGGGAUUUCUGUGUCUGAAGAAUUUGAAGGAUGCCAUUUGAUGUCAUGGAUCAGCGGCAGUUAUCUUUCUUCUCUGAAGAACUCCUGUUUCCCAAUGAGAGACAAGUUGGGUUUUGGAAGCCAGAGUCCAUGCCUGAUCAUCAAGAGGGCAUGUCUUUGAUGUCAGGCGGUAAGUCAGUCUCUUCUUCUCCAAUGGAAAAGCUGCGACCUAUCGGGAAAAGUUCUGUGGAAGGCCCAAAACUCUUACAGCAGUAUCUGCUUAAAGACCAAAUGACCAAGUCUGGUCUGGAGCAUCACUUGGUUGGAGCAGGGAAAAACACCAGCUCUUCAACGAUUUCUUGGAGAGCCAACUCUCUGGAUGCUGGGCUCCACUCUAACCUAAGGGUGCAACCCACAUCUCUUGUCACAGAAGGGAACAGAGUUGAUAUGAACGGGUUCCAGUAUGAGAACAGCCUUUUCUCAAGCUCUUUUUCGGAAUUACUGAACAGAAAAUUGAAACUGUCAUCAAACUUUGCCUCUCUUGGUCAGUCUGUUGAUACCGCCAAUUCCAAUUUUGAGGAAGAAGAGCCUUUGGAGUCUUUGAAAGAAAUUGAGGCUCAAACAAUUGGGAACCUUCUCCCUGACGAUGAUGAUCUACUUUCUGGGGUUGUUGAUGAUAUUGGAUGUACUUCUCGACCCAAUUGUGGGGAUGACAUUGAUGAUGAUAUAUUUUGCACUGGAGGGGGGAUGGAACUAGAAGGAGAUAAUAAUUGCAUUAAUGCUUCUGAUCUUGUUAAUGUGGAUGGACUUAAUGAUUUAACGGGGAGAUUAAAUAACCCUUUUGCUGGAGAGCAUCCAUAUGGAGAACACCCUUCAAGAACACUUUUUGUCAGAAACAUCAAUAGUAAUGUUGAGGAUGCUGAGCUGAAGAUGCUGUUUGAGCAAUAUGGGGAUAUUCGUACCCUUUAUACAGCCUGCAAACAUCGUGGGUUUGUUAUGAUAUCUUACUAUGAUAUAAGAGCAGCACGAAAUGCCAUGAGAUCACUGCAGAACAAGCCGUUGAGGCGUCGAAAGCUUGACAUACAUUUUUCUAUUCCAAAGGAUAAUCCUUCAGAGAAAGAUAUUAACCAGGGAACACUUGUCGUAUUCAAUCUUGAUUCUUCUGUUUCCAAUGAUGAUCUUCGUCAGAUAUUUGGUGUAUAUGGAGAUAUCAAAGAGAUUCGUGAAACCCCACACAAACGUCAUCAUAAAUUCAUAGAAUUUUAUGAUCUUAGAGAUGCAGAUGCUGCUCUUCGAGCUUUAAACAGGAGUGAUAUUGCUGGAAAAAAAAUUAAGCUCGAGCCUAGCCGACCUGGUGGUGUGAGACGAUGUAGCUUGAUGCAGCAGCUCUCGCCAGAGUUGGAACUGGAAGAAUCCAUUGGAUGCAUGCAGGACAGCUCUCCGUGCAGCUCACCACCAGGACGUUACGGGUCGGUUCCUCUUGGAUCAAUUACAUCUGGUUUUGAUUCUCAAACUGUCAAAGACCUACAUUCGGCAGCUAGAGGAUCGAUUAGCCCAUUGUUGGAUUCUGCAGUCCAUGGCAUAUGUUCAAGUGUACCUCAGAAUAUUUCUUCUCCAGUCAGGGUUGCUUCAGUUGGCAAUCACAUUAACCCUUCUGUGAAUGGUGAAAUUAGUCAUUCUCUUAGACAAGUGAAAUUUGGAUUUCAAGGUUUGCCGAAUAUGCACCCUCAUUCACUCCCUGAAUAUCAUGAGGGGCUGUCUAAUGGCAGCCCUUACAACUCCUCAAGUGCGAUGCCAGCGAUGUCGAUCAAUAUCAACUCCAGACCGGGUGAAGGAAUUGAUCAUAGAUAUAUUCAAAGAGUGGGCUCUGGAAGCCUUAAUAGUCACUCGUUUGAAGGUGCAUUUGGAGCUCCUGGAAAUGGCAGCUGCCCUGUCCAUGGAAACCAGUACUUUUUGAAUAAUAGCAAAGCAUAUCCUCCCCACUCUGCUGGUCCAAUGAUAUGGGGUACUUCACCAUCAUUUAUGAACAGCGUUCCAUCUCAUCUUCCACCACCAUUGCAUGGGAUUCCGAGAACACCAUCUCAUAUGCUGAAUACUAUUCUACCCUUGCAUACUCAUCACGUUGGUUCAGCUCCUGCUGUAAAUCCUUCUCUUUGGGAGCGAAGACAACCUUAUGUUGGAGAUUCCCCUGAUGCAUCAACUUUUCAUCCUGGUUCUCUUGGAAGCAUGGGAUUUUCUGGAAGCUCACCUAUGCACCCACUUGAACUAGCAGCUCAUAACAUCUUCCCUCACUCUGGAGGAAACUGUGUUGAUCAUGUUGGAAUUCCUUCACCUCAACAAAGGUGCCAUAUUUUCCAAGGGAGAAACCAUAUGAUUCCGAUGCCUACUUUUGAUGUUCCUAGUGAUCGGAUUAGGAACAGGAGAAGUGAUUCAAGUGCAAAUCAGGCAGACAAUAAGAAACAAUAUGAACUUGAUGUUGAGCGUAUUAUUCGUGGUGAAGACUCCCGAACUACUUUGAUGAUUAAGAACAUCCCAAACAAAUACACUUCUAAAAUGCUCCUGGCUGCCAUUGAUGAGCAUCACAAGGGAACUUAUGAUUUUAUUUAUUUGCCUAUCGAUUUUAAGAACAAGUGCAAUGUGGGUUAUGCUUUCAUCAAUAUGAUUGAUCCUCGGCAGAUUGUCCCAUUCUUUCAGGCAUUUAAUGGUAAAAAAUGGGAGAAGUUCAAUAGUGAAAAGGUUGCAUCACUUGCUUAUGCUAGAAUUCAAGGGAAACCUGCACUCAUUGCUCAUUUUCAGAACUCAAGCUUGAUGAAUGAGGAUAAGCGCUGUCGUCCUAUCCUUUUCCGCUCAGAUGGUCCAAAUGCAGGGGAUCAGGAGCCCUUUCCAGUUGGGACCAAUAUUAGGUCCAGGCCUAACAGAGCCAGGACUUAUGGAAAUGAAGAGGUUAGCCCAUCGACAUCCCCAAAUGGCACAGGAUUUUCUAAUGGGAUAGACAUCGCCGGUUCCAUCAAGGACCUAGAAUGAAGCUUAAAAAAGAUUGAAUUUUUAUUUCCGCUGUCAUCUGUCAAUUCCAGUAGUCUUUAUUAGCAUUAGGUAACUAUCUAUGAUUUUUAUGGUUUUUCAAUUGAUCCUCCUCUUGGGUGCUUCCAAUUUUUCCUGGGAAAUAUAUAUAAACUUCAACAAACUGAUAUCGACGAGGAGAAAGGCGCAGGGAGAGCUCUUGAGAUUUUGCAAUGCCGUGUAAGAGUAUAUACAUAUAACAUGACAAUAGCGAAAAGAAAUGUACAGGAGAUGGCUAAUUUAUCGUUGUCACUAUGACGGUUUUGAGAAGGCCUUCCUGCAUUUUAUAUCCUUUCUGUCAUUUUUGGGUGCUGGAGGUCCCAAUUGUGUGAUUUUUCUUUCUUUCUUUUCUGUAAGUGUGGCUAGGGUUUCAGUUCUUUGGAACUGCAAAGGUGAGUUGAGAGCUCUGCUCCCUCCCUCGUGCUGUCUUGAGUCUGCUGAGUCUUUUAUGUUCUUGGCUGUGACUUCUUUGAAAUUUAUGUGCAAAUAAUCUUUUUGAGAUCUCUCA